GACAGUUUUCGCUGUGAGGUUACUGUCUGUGGUUCGCCAUUACAGAAGGCGAAAGUAACCGCGAAGUCAUUGUGGUGUUUUAUAAACAAUGGCUUACACGGCAGAUUCUAACGCACCUUUACGAGAUGUAAAAAGAGUACAGUUUGGGAUAUUGAGCCCAGAUGAAAUUAGACGUAUGUCAGUUACUGAUGGCGGCAUCAAAUACUCUGAAGUCACAGAAGGGGGGCGUCCAAAGCUGGGCGGACUUAUGGACCCUCGCCAGGGCACGAUUGACAGGACGGCUAGGUGUCAGACAUGUGCAGGGAACAUUUCCGAGUGUCCCGGACAUUUCGGCCACAUUGAGUUGGCCAAGCCAGUGUUCCACAUUGGUUUCCUAGUAAAAACCAUCAAAGUGCUCCGAUGUGUCUGUUUCUUCUGUUCCAAACUUCUUGUUGACCCAACAAACCCAAAAAUUAAAGAAAUCUUGUCAAAGUCCAAAGCCUACCCUCGAAAACGACUGGUUGCAGUGUAUGAUCUGUGCAAGUCACGAAAAGUCUGUGAAGGUGGGGAUGAAAUGGAUUCCAAGCUUGGAGAUGAACAGGAAGAACAAAAGAAGGGGCAUGGUGGAUGUGGUCGAUACCAGCCUAAAAUAAAGAGAACAGGACUGGAGCUGAUAGCUGAGUGGAAGGAUACAAAUGAGGAUUCGCAGGAGAAAAAGAUUGUACUAACAGCUGACAGAGUUCACGAAAUAUUCAAGAGAAUAUCUGAUGAAGAGUGUCAGGUAUUGGGAAUGGAUCCUAAAUAUGCUCGUCCUGAUUGGAUGAUUGUGACAGUAAUGCCAGUGCCCCCUUUGUCUGUCCGUCCUGCUGUUGUAAUGUUUGGAUCAGCCAGAAAUCAGGAUGACUUGACACACAAAUUGGCGGACAUCAUUAAAGCAAAUAACCAGCUACGGCGAAAUGAACAGAAUGGAGCUGCAUCACACAUUAUUGCAGAGGACAUGAAGAUGUUACAGUACCAUGUCGCGACUCUGGUAGACAAUGAGCUGCCAGGUCUGCCAAAGGCAGUGCAAAAGUCUGGCCGUCCACUGAAAUCUAUCAAACAGAGGUUAAAGGGUAAAGAAGGUCGUGUCAGGGGGAACUUGAUGGGAAAGCGUGUUGAUUUCUCAGCCAGAACUGUCAUUACACCAGACCCUAAUCUUAGAAUUGAUCAAGUGGGUGUGCCACGAUCCAUCGCACAGAACAUGACCUUCCCAGAAUUGGUCACCCCUUUUAAUAUUGACAGAAUGCAAGAACUUGUGAGGAGGGGAUCCAAUCAGUACCCAGGUGCCAAGUACAUCAUUCGUGACAAUGGUGAAAGAAUUGAUCUGAGGUUUCACCCCAAAGCAAGUGACCUCCAUCUACAAAUUGGGUACAAGGUGGAGAGACACAUGCAGGACAAUGACUAUGUGGUGUUCAACAGACAGCCUACUCUCCACAAAAUGAGUAUGAUGUGUCACAAGGUCAAAGUUCUACCUUGGUCAACUUUCAGACUGAAUCUUAGUGUAACCACACCAUACAAUGCUGAUUUUGAUGGGGAUGAAAUGAAUCUCCACUUGCCCCAGUCACUGGAAACGAAGGCAGAAAUCUCCAACCUGGCCCUUGUACCCAGAAUGAUCAUCACCCCACAGGCUAACAGACCUGUCAUGGGAAUUGUACAGGACACACUGACUGCCGUCAGAAAAAUGACCAAGAGGGAUGUCUUCUUAGACAGGGGUCAAGUCAUGAACCUUUUGAUGUUUUUACCCCGAUGGGAUGGUCAUGUUCCUCAACCAGCCAUUCUAAAACCUAAGCCCCUUUGGACAGGAAAGCAGCUGUUUUCCCUGGUUAUCCCAGGUCGUACCAACUGUAUCAGAACACACAGUACUCACCCGGACGAGGAGGAUAAAGGGCCGUACAAGUGGAUCUCCCCCGGGGACACAAAGGUACUGAUUGAGGAUGGCAUGUUGAUCAGUGGUAUUCUGUGUAAGAAGACUCUGGGAACAUCUAGCGGGGCUCUGGCUCAUGUUGUCUUCCUGGAGUACGGAUGGGAGAUUGCUGGUCUCAUGUAUGGCCACAUUCAGACAUUGGUCAACAAUUGGCUGUUGUUGGAGGGACACAGUAUUGGUAUUGGGGACACCAUUGCUGACCCCCAGACCUACUUGGAUAUCCAGGAUACAAUUAAAAAAGCUAAGCAUGAUGUGAUAGAAGUGAUUGAGAAGGCUCACAAUGACGACCUUGAACCCACCCCUGGUAACACUCUCAGGCAGACUUUUGAGAACAUGGUGAACAGAAUUCUGAAUGAUGCCAGAGAUAAAACAGGAAGCAAAGCCCAGAAAUCUCUAUCUGACUACAACAACUUCAAAGCUAUGGUGGUGGCAGGUUCCAAAGGAUCCAAGAUCAACAUUUCACAGGUUUGUGAGCUGAUAACAAAUAAACCAAGUGACAGUUUGGAAAUUCCAUUUGGUUUCCGUCAUAGAACUUUGCCUCACUUCAUCAAGGAUUUCGAUUAUGAUGAUUAUGGUCCCGAGUCCAGAGGAUUUGUAGAGAACUCAUACCUGGCUGGGCUGACACCGUCAGAGUUCUACUUCCACGCCAUGGGAGGUCGUGAAGGGUUGAUUGAUACUGCUGUCAAAACUGCAGAAACAGGUUACAUUCAAAGAAGACUGAUCAAAGCUAUGGAGAGUGUAAUGGUAAAAUAUGACGGAACUGUACGUAACCAGGUAGAACAGCUAGUCCAGCUUCGUUAUGGAGAGGAUGGUCUGGACGCAUGUCAUGUCGAGUUCCAGACUAUGCCUACCCUCAAGCCCUCCAACAAGGCUUUUGAUAGGCAGUUCAAAUUUGAUGCAACAAAUGAAAGGAAUAUGAAGAAGUGUUUAUCAGAGGAAGUGAUCAAAGAUUUGAUGGGAGAUGCCAUUGCAGUGUCUCAGUUAGACAGAGAGUGGGAACAGUUAAAGGAAGAUCGGGAUAUUCUCCGUUCUAUCUUCCCUACGGGAGACAGUAAGGUGGUGCUACCCUGUAACCUACAGAGGAUGAUCUGGAACGCUCAGAAAAUCUUCCGUAUUGACGUUCACAAACCAACUGAUCUUCAUCCCAUCAAAGUUGUAGAAGGAAUUGAGGAGCUGUGUAAGCGUCUGGUUGUGGUGGUAGGAGAGGACAGACUUAGUAUCCAGGCUAAUGCCAACGCUACUCUGCUGAUCAAGUGUCUGAUCAGAUCUACACUGUGUGCAAAACGUGUGACAGAGGAGUUCAGGUUAAGUUCUGAGGCCUUUGAAUGGCUCAUUGGAGAAAUCGAAUCCAAGUUCCAGCAGGCACAGGUCCAUCCUGGUGAAAUGGUAGGUGCCCUUGCUGCCCAGUCUCUGGGAGAACCUGCCACUCAGAUGACACUGAACACUUUCCACUACGCUGGUGUGUCAGCCAAGAACGUAACCCUUGGUGUGCCCCGUCUGAAGGAGAUCAUUAACAUCUCCAAGAAACCAAAGACACCAUCACUGACUGUAUAUCUGAUUGGCCAGGCUGCAAGGGAUGCAGAGAAAGCUAAGGAUGUGUUGUGCAGACUGGAACACACUACUCUGCGUAAGGUGACGGCUAACACUGCCAUCUACUAUGACCCUGACCCUCAGAACACAGUGAUCUCUGAAGACCAGGAGUGGGUCAAUGUCUACUAUGAAAUGCCUGACUUUGAUGUGUCUAAAAUAUCUGCCUGGCUGCUGAGAAUUGAGCUGGACAGAAAGAGAAUGACAGACAAAAAGCUUACAAUGGAACAGAUCUCAGAAAAGAUUACUGCUGGGUUUGGUGAUGAUCUGAACUGUAUCUUCAAUGAUGACAAUGCUGAAAAACUUGUCCUUCGUAUCAGGAUUAUGAACUCAGAUGAGAGCAAAAUGAAUAAUGAGGAGGAAAUUGUAGACAAAAUGGAAGAUGACGUUUUCCUGCGUUGUAUUGAGGCCAAUCUUUUGUCAGACAUGACAUUGCAAGGAAUUGAGGCAAUUGCCAAGGUGUACAUGCAUUUGCCAAACACAGAGGACAAGAAGAGAAUCUUUAUAACAGAGGAGGGUGAGUUUAAGGCAGUGGCGGAGUGGAUCCUGGAAACUGAUGGUACAGCUCUGAUGAAGGUCCUCAGUCAGAGAGAUGUUGACCCGAUCAGAUCCACAACCAACGACAUUGUGGAAGUCUUCUCGAUCCUUGGGAUAGAGGCUGUGAGAAAGUCCAUUGAGAAGGAGAUGAACCACGUCAUUUCCUUUGACGGUUCCUACGUCAAUUAUAGACAUUUGUCUCUGUUGUGUGACUCCAUGACAGCUAAAGGUCAUCUGAUGGCCAUCACAAGACAUGGAAUCAACAGACAAGAAACUGGGGCAUUGGCUCGUUGCUCCUUUGAAGAGACGGUGGACAUUCUUAUGGAGGCUGCCUCUCAUGGAGAAAUGGAUCCAAUGAAGGGUGUAUCUGAGUGUAUUAUGCUGGGUCAGUUGGCUAGAAUUGGAACAGGAAGCUUUGAUUUGUUGCUUGAUGCUGAGAAGUGCAAGUAUGGUAUGGAGAUUCCAACCAACAUUGGAGCUGGAAUGCCAGGUGGAAUAAGCACUGGUUUGUUCUUUGGAGCUGGUGCAAGCCCAACAGCAGGAAUGUCACCUCAGAUGACACCUUGGCAGCAAGGAGCUACUCCAGCCUAUGCCAGUGCUUGGUCACCUGGAGUGGGCAGUGGCAUGACCCCAGGAGCAGCAGGAUUCUCACCCUCUGCUGCCAGUGAGAGUGGGUACAGUCCUGGCUACAGCCCUGCCUGGUCCCCUCAACCAGGUUCACCAGGACCAGCCAGUCCAUACAUACCUAGCCCAGGAGGAGCUAUGUCUCCCAGCUACUCUCCUGCCUCGCCCUCCUACGUGCCCUCCUCUCCGGCUGCUACACCACAGAGUCCUGGAUAUUCACCAACAAGUCCAUCGUACUCGCCAACAAGUCCAGGAUACUCUCCGACUUCUCCAAACUACAGCCCUACUAGUCCAUCUUAUUCACCAACAAGUCCAAGCUACAGCCCAACAUCACCAAGUUACAGUCCGACGAGCCCAUCUUACUCUCCAACAAGUCCAAGUUACAGUCCGACUUCACCUUCCUACAGUCCAACAAGUCCAUCUUAUUCUCCAACGAGUCCAUCAUAUUCUCCAACCAGUCCUUCAUACAGUCCUACAAGCCCUUCAUAUUCACCAACCAGUCCAUCCUAUUCCCCAACAUCCCCCUCCUACUCCCCAACAAGCCCCUCAUAUUCUCCAACAUCCCCAAGUUACAGUCCGACUUCACCAAGUUAUUCUCCCACCUCCCCCAGUUACUCUCCUACCAGCCCAAGUUACUCCCCAACUUCUCCAAGCUACUCUCCCACCAGUCCAUCUUACAGCCCUUCAAGUCCUUCUUACAGCCCAAGUUCUCCAAGUUAUUCACCAACAAGUCCUAGUUACAGCCCUACAAGCCCAAGCUACUCUCCCAGCAGCCCUAAGUACAGUCCUACAAGUCCUUCCUACUCCCCGACCAGCCCUUCCUAUUCCCCCAGCUCCCCGCAGUACUCCCCAUCAUCUCCAAAAUAUUCCCCCUCAAGUCCUUCCUAUUCCCCCAGCAGUCCAAAAUACACCCCCAACUCCCCAACAUAUUCCCCCUCCUCUCCCAACUACAGUAUCAAUGAGUACAGUCCAAGUUCUCCAAGAUACAGCCCCAGUCCAAAGUAUUCUCCCACAUCUCCCACAUACUCCCCCACCAGCCCCAGGCAUUCCCCAGCCAGCCCCUCAUACUCCCCCACCAGCCCUCAGUACACCCCAACUAGCCCUACCUACACACCAACAUCCCCUCAAUACUCUCCUACCAGUUCACGUUAUUCCCCUGAUACACCUGGAUCACAGUGAAAAACUAAAAGGUUGUGAACUGAGUAAGACACAUUCUGUGCAUGGUGCAUAAUCUUCGAGAGUGAUUGAUAAAGACAAGACAUGUGGCAAUACACGUUUGAGUUGAAGUGUUUGACAAUGUAGUGAAGUACAUGUAUCAAACGUCUGUAAAAAAUAUCAACUCAUUUGUAAAUAAUCAUCAUCAGAAGGAGCUUUAAUGCCUCGAAAAAGCUGAAAGUUGUAAAUACAUGUAUUAAAUCAUUUGUUUUUGAGGUAAAAAAAAAAAAACAUGUAUGUGUUUGAAUUUUCUUUUCACAUAUUUUUUUCUGUGAAUUAAAAUAUGCCUUUUUGACUUUGUAUCAUUUACAAGACAUUUUCAUCCUUGAAUCAUUCAUUUCUGUAAAUAGUCUUAACACAGUGUUCAUGCAAACUUUAGUUUGUUUUCAUGCCAAGUAUAAGUUCAUCAUGUUACAAACUGUCAAUGCUUGAUUUGAACUGUAAUCAUAUUUUGGUAUUUAUGUUCAUAGACUUCAUACAUUAUUUGGUGCAGAACAAAAAAGAGUGAGUUAGAUGAAACAUCUAAUAAUUAUUUUUUCACCUUAUUUUGUCUGUGUCUCAUUUGUUGUGAAGAAAAUAUAUUAUGUACAGUGUUUACUUUUCAACUGUAAAUAUGACUAUAGAUUUUAUUAUAUUUUUAAUCCAAGAAGUUGUUAUUUGUAUUAUGAAUCCUUACAAAUGCACCUUUUGUCAUUAUGACUUGGUGAGCAUUGAGAUACUUGUGUUCAUGCUUACUUUGCUUUAGAUGAUUUGUAUUAAUCUUGUGCAAUUGAAACAAUCUGUAGUUACAUGCUUUUAUGUGAAUUUAUAGAUAAAACCUAUGUUUGAUGAUUGACUAAUGUCAUCUGUACAUGUAUUUUGUUAUUGCAAAAAAAAAAAGGGGGGGGGGGGAGAGAAGAUAGUGCUUUAUUCUAAUCGAUAAUAUUUUUUCAUGAACAGAAAUUGAUGUAUGUAUGUUGCUAAAGUCUGACAGGUUAUGUUGAAUAUUUGGAAAAAAUUCAUCAUUUUAAGUUUGUUUGUAUUUUUAAUUUACUAACAUUAGAAGUGUUUUGUAAAGUUAAGUACAAUUCAUGUAUAAGUAUAUUUUACAGUGAAUUGAAAAAUGUGUUUUCAUAAGGAAAGUUGUCUCAGUUAUACACGUACAAUUCAAGUUGAUGUUUCAUUAUGCUAUUUCUGAAAUAUUUUUGCUAGACUGAGUACAUGUAUAUGAGUAACUUGUGGUAAAAUGUAACACAUUCAAAGCACCUUUUGCUACCAGCACUGAUAUAUUUGCAAUUACAAACUCCAGAAAAUUUGUCAUUUGGGAAAAUGUCCAUUCUGAUCAAAGAAUUAGAAUUUGAACAAGCAACUGAUCUGUACUUUAAAAUAUGAAGGUAACUUGUUUUUUACUGCAUUUUCUGUUUAGAAGUGAAAUGUUCUAUUUACAGAAUUGCUGAUUUGAUUAAAAUAAAAAGGUUAUAAAAUGUAA